AAAUGAAAGUCCCAAAGAUAUAAGAAUUGGCUCGUAUUAUAAAGGGCAUGGUUAAACGACACGUCGUUUUCUGAUUUUUUUGUAAAAAGAAAAAUGCAAUUUGCGGCGGAAUUGUUAAAACUCAAAAACUAAUAACAGAAAAAAAGCAUUGUUUUGAUAGGGGGAUUAGAAAGAAUGGCAGGGAGAGCAGUGGGCUCAAUAGCAGCCGCCGUCCGAUUGGAGGCGGCGAAAUCCAACGGCGCACCAGCUCCUCCUCCACGGAAUCCGAAACCCUCGCCGCACUUGCCUUAUCUCUCCUUCACUAAGCCAUCUUUGGUCGUCAGAACUGAGUCAAAUGUUCGGAAAGAAAAAAGAAAGAAGCCUGAUCCACCUUGUGUAGUCUGCCAAGGGAGCGGAAGGGUUGAUUGCCACCAUUGUUGUGGAAGAGGAAGGACAAACCAUGUUCGUUUAGCAAUGCUUCCUAAAGGGGAAUGGCCAAAAUGGUGCAGGACUUGUGGCGGAAGUGGUCUCGGCUACUGCUCCCGCUGCCUUGGGACAGGAGAGUAUAGGUAUAUAAUGGGCUUCCAUUUUAUGAAGACGGAUAAUGAUGACACCCAAGAUCAGAAAAAGUGUGAGGUCCAAGGUGACCAGAAACGCCGUAGUGCAGCAGAUUUACUUCUAAAUGAAGAAGAAUAACCAAAUUGAUUUCACAAAAUCUGAUGACUAAAUAGACAGUUUUAUUCCAGCUUUUCUUUCCAAAAGGAAGUUCAAUUUCAAGCUUGUAAAGUUAUGUU